AUGAAACCUUAUACUGUAUCAAAUACUCAAAGCACCAAAAUGCCACAUUCCGACGAAACUCCACUUGAAGAAAUGUCAUAUGAACAAUACUUUCCAGAUUUAAAAAUCAAUACUCCACUUAUAGCUAUUAAUAAAAGAAAAUUAGAAUCAGAAAAGGGAAAAGAAAAAGAAAGCACCGCCGUCACUUUAGAUUCAACCAUUAUACAAAAAGUUUCUGAUUCGACAGAUAUCAUCGAAUCUAAAAAUGCACAAUUGACUCAACCGACUCAUUCCACUACAACAACUAAUGUUAAUACAGUUGUAACUCUUACAACAUUAAAACAUUAUGACACUGGUGCUAAUAACGACAAUGUUGAAGAUGAAGGCGAGAUUAAUAAAGAUCUCGAAAACCUUCCAUCUGAGGCAACUAGCUCUUUACUAUCGAAUUCAAAAUCAAAUGUUUUUAAACAUUCAUUUAGUGUUUUAAAUAAUCAAAAACCUGUUAAACCACUCCCUAAACCUUUAUUUCGACAUAUCCCAUAUCCAAAGGUUGAUGAAGAACGCAACAUUUUUGUAAAACCAGAAGGACAUUAUAUUAGACAUAAUGAAUUAACAGAAAAGGACCUUCUUGAAAUAGUCGAAUAUGAUAUGGACGAACAAGAUGAUGAAUGGCUUAGUAAACUUAACGAAGAAAGAAAAAAAGAAAAUUGUGGUGAACUUUCCACUGAAAUCUUUGAAGCAUUAAUUGAUCGUAUAGAAAAGGAAUGGUUUGAUUUGACUAAAAACUUACCAAAAAAUAAUGAUAAAGAUAAUCUUACAGCCGAGGAUUCAAUUUGCGCCAUCUGUGAUGAUGGUGAAUGCGAAAAUAGCAAUGCUAUUGUGUUUUGUGAUGGAUGCAAUCUAGCUGUUCAUCAAGAGUGUUAUGGAAUUCCAUAUAUUCCUGAGGGCCAAUGGUUAUGUAGAAAAUGCAUAAUUUCUCCUGAAAAUCCAGUAGUAUGUGGUGCUUUCAAAAAAACUACUACAAAUCGUUGGGCACAUUUACUUUGUGCAAUUUGGAUUCCAGAAGUUUGGUUAUCAAAUCAUGUUUAUAUGGAACCAAUUGAUAAUUUGCAAGCAAUACCACGUAGUCGUUGGAGAUUAAAAUGUUACAUUUGUGAGAAAAAAGUUGGUGCUUGUAUUCAAUGCCAAAAUACACAUUGUUGCACGGCAUUCCAUGUAACUUGUGCUAGGAAAGCUAAACUUUGUAUGAAAACAAAGUUUCCAGAAGCAAACUUCGACAAAACUAGUAGCACAUCCAAAUUAAAACUAACUAGGAAACGUAAAGGAAAAGAAGUCGCAACAGAACAAUUUAAUCAAGAACCAGCAUCAUCAUCAUCAUUGUUAGAUGUUCAAAACUCUAAAGCUGCUCGCGCAUACAAUCAUUCAUAUUCAGAAACUGCACCAGUCCUGCCAGUCACUAUGGUAGAGAAAUUAUUACCUAUUUUAAGCAAACAAAAAUUUUUAAAGAAGAAACAUGAUCUUCUGGAUAAAGUUUGUAAAUAUUGGUCCACAAAAAGAGAAUCUAGACGUGGUGCCCCAUUGUUGAAAAGAUUACAUCUUGAGCCUUGGACGGCUUCUGCAUCUAUUUACAAACAAUCUGAAGAAGAAAAAUAUGCAAAGUAUUUGGCUAUGACUGAUCUUCGUAAAGAUUUGGAAAAAGUGAGAAUGCUGUCAGACUUGGUACAUCGUCGUGAAAAAGAGAAACUUAAAAGGCUCAAAAUACAAACGAAUUACCUGGAAACAAUAUUUUUCCCACUCGAUAACAUCCUUUUACCAACUUUGAAAUCUAUACAAAAAUUGGAUAAACAUCAGAUAUUCGCUUAUCCUGUUUCAGAAGAAGAAGUACCUGAUUAUCAUACACAUAUAUCACACCCUAUGGAUUUUAGUACAAUUCAGAAAAAAAUCGAAGAGCAUGAAUAUAGCCUUGGUUCAGGUUUUCAAGGUUUUCGAGGUUUUAGGGAUGAUAUCGAGUUGACAUUUAAAAAUGCAAUGACAUAUAAUACACCAGAUAGUAUCUAUUAUCGUGUUGCUAAAAAAUUAAAUCAACAAACAAAGCCCAUUUUAGAUAAGGCAGAACAAGAUUAUCUUGAUCUGGGAAUUGACCCCGAUAAAAUGAUUAUGGAAUUAGAUCUUGAUCCUGAAAUAUUUACCUAUAAUAAUGAACCAUUGGCUGUUGACGAAGAGGCGAUGGAAGAGGCGACAGUAAAGGAAGAGAUUGUUGAAGAAACGCCAGAGGGCAUAAUUAAAGACACAACUAGUGGUGCAAUAAGACGAAUUAAACGAAAGUUUUCUUUUCUUUCUACUCGGGUCACUAGAUCUAGAACAGUUGUCGAACAACACCAUCAUGAUGAUGAUCAAGAUAAUAAUACUGUUAGCAAAAGCAAUUUACAAAUUGGUGAUAAGCCACGGAAAAUUAGAAAAUUACCAAAAGGCUGGGUCAUGUUGCCUGAUGAUGAUGAGGAAGAAGUGGAAAAAGUGGAGAAAGAGGAGGAACUUGAUGAAACUUUAAUGGAUGUUGAUCAAAAACAAGAAGAAUUGGUAGAUGAUGAUGUUGUUUCAUCACGGACUAGAUCUCGGAAAACUACAAGGAUUGAAGAACUUGAUACUGUGGAACCCUUAAAAAAUGAGACUGAUAUUAUCCAUGGCAAAAGAACGAUUCGUGAUAUGAUAGUCGACACGUCGCCAACAGUAGCAUCAACACCUACAUAUAGCAGAAGAACAAAUCGUGAUCCUAUAAUUGACACAUCACCAACAAUAUCACCAACAUCUACAUAUAGCAGAAGAACAAAUCGUGAUAUUAUGACUGACACAUCGCCAACGCCUAUAUAUGGCAGAAGAACAAAUCGUGAUAUUAUAGCUGACAUAUCGCCAGCACCUAUAUAUGGCAGAAGAACAAAUCAUAAUGUUACUGACACAUCACCAACGGUAUCACCGACAGCUAGAUAUGGCAGAAGAACAAAUCGUUAUGUUACUGACAUGUCUCCAAUAGUAUCACCAACAGCGAGAUAUGGCAGAAGAACAAAUCUUGAUACGUCUCCAACAGUAUCACCAGCGACUAGAUUUGGAAGAAGAACAAAUCUUGACAUGUCUCCAACAGUAUCACCAGCAACUAGAUAUAGUAAAAGAAUAAAUCGUGAUGUUAUUGACACAUCGCCAAUUGUAUCACCUGCAGCUACAAUAUCAACUAUAGUAUCAUCAACUACUGCAUCACCUUUAAGUCGCAAAAAACUUAAUACUGCUGUAUUAGAAUCUACUGAUAUUAGUUAUGGGAGUUUAGUUUGGGCAAAGAUGCAAGGUUUUCCUUGGUAUCCUGCAGAGAUUGUACACCCAGGCAGUCUUCAAGUUCCUGAAGCUGUCAGACAUGAUAAAAAAGAUGGCGACAUGUUUUUGGUGCGUUUCUUUGAUGAAAAACCUGGAAAGAAAAAUGGUAGUCGUAGCUGGAAAUGGGUUGCUGCUAACAAAGUAGUUUUAAUGGGAGACAGACUAACUGAUUUCCCUAAAUUAACUGAUAAAUCAAUGACUUGA